UUGAAGACUCAUGUAUAAUAAAUAUCCAAACAUGAAUUUUAAAUCUAUUCUAGGAGCUGUUUUACUAUUCACAUCUGUUGUGAUGGCAGUCACUUAUGAACCUGCGUUUGAGAUUAAGUCACCAACCUCUGGCACAGCAUUUACCUUCUUAAAGGGAGACCAAGAUGGUUUCUUUGGCUUUAACAUUGAUCACGCUAAGAGUUCAGUGAAUCAUCUGGAUUCAGCUGCAGGAGUCUGUUAUGAGACCCAAGGCGAUAGCCAACACACUCCAGUUGAAGGAGCACAAGCUUUUGGAUUUGAAUCCGUUUGUCUUGCAUUUUUCACAGCAGAGAUGGCUUGCUUGGAAGAUCUCACCAAAGGGUCUGUCCAUCUCUACAAUUCCACUGUUGAAGAGAGAGACGGCAAGAUGUUCUGGACUGAAACUUCAUUUGAUUAUCUAAAUAAGCAAAUUGAUGUUGGAGAUUCUGAAAGAUUUUUCCCUGACAUCACCACCUAUUAUGAUCUAUCUAGAAUUUCCACAGGUAUAGGCCUACCACAUUUCAAGGGACCUCAGUCCUUCAGAUGCUUCAUUGGUGGUAUUCCUAAUAGAAUUGACCCUCUUCGCAGAGAAGUUGACCUCUCAAUGUUCCAUGAAUUCAGCGUCACCACUGGAUCUGCUUCUCCAAGUUCAUUUUUAAAACAUUAAAAUGUGACUCUCAAUUUGGUUCUUG